CAUUGAUAAAUCAAGAUUUAAAAAUAGGUCAUGAAUCGAACUAUUUUAAGCAAAAAAUACUGAGUUUUUUAAAGACGAGAGUGGAGCAGACGAUGUUUUGCUAACAAAUGGAAAUAUUCCAAUCUUCGAAAAUUUAGAAAUGCCAUGUGAUUCCCAGCAACAAUAUUGUUUUUCACUAUGGGACAUAAAUAAUUUAUGACAUGUUUAGAUACCGAAAUGGUUGUCGCUCGCCUAUUGCAUAAUGAUUUUUGCAUUGGAUACAAAAUUUAAUUGGGACUUGGCGACGUGAUAAGAGUGUGUUUUGCUGUCAGAAAAGAACUAGAAGUUGAGCUUGAGGCGAUUCGAAUAUGAAAUUGUGUACAAAGUGUUCGACACGCAAGGCCUGCUUAAAGCGGCCAAAAACCGGCGACCCCUUGUGCAAAGAAUGCUUCUUCGAGGCAUUUGAGGAGGAAAUCCACUGGACAAUAACAACAUUCAAGUUAUUUAAUCCAGGCGAGUAUGUAGCGAUUGCUGCAUCAGGAGGUAAAGAUUCAACGGUGCUGGCCCACGUAAUAAAGCUCCUUAAUGAUCGUUACGGGUACGGCAUAAGGCUUGUGUUGCUUUCAAUUGAUGAGGGAAUCACCGGAUACAGAGACGAUUCGUUGGAGACUGUAAAGCGGAACGAACAUCAGUACAACAUUCCUUUGAAGAUUUUGUCAUAUAAAGAUCUGUACGGAUGGACAAUGGAUAAGAUCGUUGCCGCAAUCGGGAAGCGUAGUAAUUGCACAUUCUGUGGAGUAUUCCGUAGACAGGCCUUGGAUCGAGGUGCCAUGCAGUUAGGUGUUACUAAAAUGGUAACUGGGCACAAUGCAGACGAUAUCGCUGAAACAGUGAUUAUGAAUAUCCUUCGGGGAGAUAUUGCUCGGCUACGGAGAUGUACGUCUAUUGUCACAGGCUCCGACGGGCUUAUACCUCGUUCAAAGCCGUUUAAAUACACAUACGAGAAAGAAAUUGUUAUGUAUGCGCAUUUUAAAAAACUUGACUAUUUUUCAACAGAAUGUAUCUAUUCGCCGAAUGCCUAUCGGGGUCAUGCGAGAGCCUAUAUCAAAAACCUUGAGUUGCAGGAUCCGUUGGCUAUACUCAAUAUUAUUUAUUCAGGAGAGUGCAUGGACGUGCGGGAUGAUGUUCGCUUGCCGUCCAAGCGAACGUGCAAACGUUGUGGGUACAUUUCGUCGCAGGAGGUGUGCAAGGCAUGCGUUAUGCUUGAAGGACUAAAUAAGGGCAUACCGCGGUUGGGGAUUGGAAAAACAAGCAAAGUAAAUAAAAAAAUAGAGAAUCUCAAAAUUUCGUCCGACAGAAGGAUAAAGGGGGGUGAUGAACUGAAGAACGUAAACAUCGCUAAUGAUAGCAACGACAAAGCGAAUAAAUGUACUAACAACGACAAUCAAGCCUCCGAUACAUGCAAAAAUAAAAUUAAGAGCUCGCUUUUGAAAGAGACCACGUUAGACUGGUAAUAAAUUGUUUGUCUUUGUUGUUAU